GUACGCCACCUGCGUCCGCGCCUUUUCCAUUUCCACCCCGAUCUCAUCAUUCUCUUCUCCCCGUUCCUUCGCUAGUCGUCAGGCUCCGCCGCUCUCCUUCUUCCUCCGCCGCGCGCCGACAAGAUGGGGAAGCGCUGGAUCCCGCUGGAGGCCAACCCGGACGUCAUGAACCAGUUCAUAUGGGGGCUGGGAGUCCCCGAGGGGGAUGUGCAGUUCUGCGACGUCUACGGCCUGGACGAUGAGCUGCUCGCCAUGGUGCCCCAGCCCGUUCUCGCCGUCCUCUUCCUCUACCCCCUCACCUCUCUGGACGAGGAGGAGAAAGAGGAAUCAAGUGCUUCUGCCACAUCGACCACAAGGGGCAAGGAAUUGAGCAAGAAGGUAUACUUUACGAAGCAGACUGUUGGUAAUGCUUGUGGAACAGUUGGUGUUAUUCAUGCAAUAGGAAAUGCAAAAUCUCAGAUCAAGCUAGUUGAGGGGUCCUAUUUUGAGAAGUUCUAUAAGCAAACAGCUGAUAUGGAUCCAAUCCAGCGUGCUACCUUUCUUGAGGAAGAUGAUGAGAUGGAGGAUGCACAUUCUGUUGCUGCAUCUGCUGGUGACACUGAUGCUAAUGUUGAUGUUAAUGAACAUUUUGUAUGUUUCUCCUGUGUUGAUGGUGAACUUUAUGAGCUUGAUGGACGAAAAUCACAACCCACAUCCCAUGGCCCUUCAUCACCUGAAACCUUGUUGCAGGAUGCUGCAAAAGUCAUCAAAGCUAGAAUUGCAGAGAACCCUAACUCGAUGAACUUCAACGUCAUGGCCCUUUCAAAGAAGUGAAGUAUACUGUGAAUCUGUGAUGGAUGUGUUUUCUUUGGCAGAAUACGGGCCCCUUUUCCUUUCACUUCCGCUGGGCACUGCACCGAGUGGAAGGUUUCAUAGGGGAAACAUAGGGGGAAAAAACUUCAUAUGACCUGAGAUGUUUAGUUGAUGGCUCCAUGUAUUCUUGUGCCUUCUUGUUGGAAAGAGAAAUGGUGGUUCACGAUUUCACUUCUUCCGGUGUUUUCGUUGUUGAAUGGAGACCUGCAUAGGAUUGUCUUUGUCGUAUCUGAACCAUUGUUGCUUCCUCCGCAAAUUGAUUCCAUAAAGCUAGCAUUUCUA